GAUUGAUCCAUUCAGACCAGCGAGCAGCUCGGAUCGACCUAGAUAUGUAUCGCCGAGGAAGUUAGACCAUGCGGGAUUAUUAACUCGUGGUUGAAGAUAGUAUCACAAUGAGCGGAAAGAAGUCGCGCACUGAUGGGAAAUUUGUUGUCAAAUUUCCCACUAUUUCCCCAAAGUCGUCGGGCCACACUAAAAUUCGCAACAAAGCAUCGAAAGGAAAACGGUGCAAACCCUGUAGUGUGUUACUAUUAAACAUUGAUGCUUUGUUGAAAACUAAAACAGUUUCAUUAAAGAACCUGGACAGACAGCUCCACAUAUGUAAAGAGAAAUGUCAAAAACUUUAUGAAAUCUCAUCAUUUUCAAGUUCAACCGCAAGUGGAGAGACUUCCCCAGAAGUUCAGGAGUAUGCAGUUGUGAUCAAACAGGAGCCACUUUCUCCACAACAUGAAUCUACAGAUACUGACAGUGAAGUGAUAGGUCCUCUUUCAGAAUUAAUACGCAUGACUGGAAGCAUUAGCCCGUCUUCGAAAACAGAUGGUGCAUCAAUACCGAUGAAAGUGGAAGUCAAGUCAGAUGCAGGAGAGGAAAAAAAUACAGAGGUUGAUGAUAAAAACGAUGCGUUCACAUAUAGGAAACGCGGAAUCAAUUAUGAAUUCCGGAUCACCAAACGUAAGUCAACUGAAUCAGCACAGACACUGAGUAAACCACCUACUGCGUCAACACCGGCUCUGUAUGACACACCAGCAACAGAUAUGUUACGGCAAGCUAUUUCAAAAACUGCUGUAGUGCAGCCAUCAGUAUUCUCAACAACUGUCUCAAAUACCACACCCAAUCCCGUAUUACCAAAUGUUUUAUCAAGUUCCAAAACAUCUGCUACUACAAUAGUUACAUCAGCUUCCACUGUACCUUCUGUGUUUGGAAACCAAUUAUUUACACCUGGAAACGUAAAUACAAAAACUAAUACACAGCCUGCAUCGGCCAUCAAAGCUUUAAAAAUGGAGAAAACUUCCUCCCCCUCUUCGAAAUCCACAUCUGGGGAUAUGAGCAUCCUUCAGUUAAUGAAUGGGCAGAUGGUUUUGGUGCCAACGGACGCCGUGAGACAGCUUAGUACUAAUAACCCUACCCUUCCCUCAUUGACAAAUGUCUUGGGUGUACCGUCUGCGGCAUCGUCAAGUGUUGGAGCUGUCUUACCUAUGGUUUCCCCUGUGACACAACCGCCUUUCGCAUUUCUUUCCCCGACCGGUCCUAACUUGAUUACGCCUGCAAUAAACCCUCCGUUAUAUAAUAUUUUACCGGGACAAACUACCGAAAAUCAGCCUGGGAUGUCGAAUCCGAUUAUAUUUGUACCACAAGCUGGAAAUUUAAAUUCACAAAGUCUACUGCUGCAAUCUGUUGGAAACCAAGUGCCAAACUUGUUUGCCAUGAAUAACCCUGCCACUCCCGCUAUUCAAAUACCAAAUACACCUCUUCCCCAGCAACAAACAACUUCGGUGAUUCCAGCUAUACAGGCAUCAACUGAAAUUAAACCGCCUGUCCAAAUGCCAAACACAGCAGCGAUAGAUUGCACGUCCUUUUUACGGUUAACAGACGGAAAUUUGGUUCCAAUCGUGUCCGAUCCUUCCACUCUUUUUCACAACACACCCGUCACCUCACAUGCGAAAUCCAAGGAGAGUUCUCAGGUAUCGUUUGCUGUCAAUUCUAGUGUAUCAGCAGUACGCUGUCCUGUACCAUCAAAUGGUAACAAAGGAUUACAGAUGAUGUCGUCUGCACAGCCGGUUUACGAACAAACGCAUGCGAAAGUUCCACAGUUUGUAACUACAAAUGUUCCCUCUCUUUCUGUGAACGGCAAAGCGAAACAAAACACUCCUCAGUUUAUUCAGUUACUAGAUGGUACGUUGAUUCCUAUUGCUAAACCUGAAGAACAGAAGAUUCAACCCUCUUUUCAAGCCAGUAAUCAAACUCUCCAGAAGUACUGUACAGGUCUACAAUCAAAUGAUCAUGGUCUCAAAUAUAUAAAUCAGGAUAGAAAUAUUUUUCCUGUUCUUCAGAAAUUUGGAACACAGCCUCAAUCUGCUGAACAGAAACAGCUCUGGAAAUCAAAACAAACUGCCUCGAACUCUUCUCAGCGAACGCUUUUUCUGAUAGACAAAACACUUAAAAAUACAACAAGUUUCCAGGACGCCUUCUUUCAGGCUGAAGGUUCUGAUGAGAAAAAGUCGGGCUCGGAAAACAUCGGAAAGAAACCUCAACCUGUUAUUCUUCAGACAAACAGAUCCAGGCAAAUACACUCAGCUCAGUUAAAGAUUGCCAACAAUCGGUCUAACACGCUGAAAGCGAGUCACUCUGCUCCCUACAUACAAAUCUCUCCAAAACCAGAUCUCGAAACUGCUGGAAAUGCAUCUAUAGCAAGCAGUUCAAAUGAGGCAGUCAUUAAGCCGAGUAGUAAGAGAAAAUCGGUGAAUGUAGUACGAGAGGAAUUCGACUCGCAGAAGAAGAGGAGGAAGAAGAAGAGCCAGACAUACUUCACCCAAGAAGUGAUUGACGUCGACAAAGAACCGGAUUCGCCAGAAAAGGACGAAGAAGGUCGAUCUCAGUUUGCAUUCAUGAGGAAUGUGACAAAGCCUGUAUACCGUCCUGUGUUUCUAAAUUCUACUAUUGAAGAAAAGGGUUUACGUCUUCCUGACAACAUGCUCGUUUGACAUCGUAUCUGUACUGUGAUCCAACUGUCAAUGUGUAGUGUGUCAGUGAAGUCUUUGUUUGUUCCCAGAAACGCGCAUGCUUCCAUAGGUAUGUGAUUGUGGCCUUACACAAAUGUUAGAUCCAUGAUGAAAGUUUUUUUUAGUUUAUAAAUAUACAGAUGUAUAUUAGAUAUUCAUUACUUUUAGACAGUAUGUUUAGGAGAAUAAUCAACGGUGAGCUUCUACCCUCAACAGAAGUUGUGGUGAAUUCCAAUAUUGGACCAAGUGUACCAUGUGCAUAUCAAUUGUGUAGAAAUAUUUUUUCUGGAUGUUUAUAUCCAAUGAGCAUGUACAUAAUAAGCAAUCAGUACUUUCUACCCUGGGUAUAGGGAUGAAGCCUUGGGGGGUAGUUAAUCUUCCUAAGUAGUAUUUACAAUCAACAAUGUUUUGUAUGAAAUAAACUCACAUUGUUUGAAA